CGCCGGAGGAUUAUUUAAAUGCACUGGAUUGUGCACCAACGAUGAGUCUGACCGCUGUUUGUCUGUCUGUCUGUCCAUAUUCACCGACACGUCACGUCACACGCAAUGCAAUACAUACACACACCAUCACCAUUCAUCGACAUGUAAGUCUACUCAUUACGCAUGGAUAUGUAUGAGGGAAAAAACACAAUAAUCAAUCUACCCAUCGAAGUCUGUGGCUCUGCUCUCUUUUGGGGAAAAACACAAUAAUCAAUCUACCCAUCGAAGUCUGUGGCUCUGCUCUCUUUACCACGGACACACGCACAGAGAAGCGAAGCACGCCACUGGCCGGCCGGUCGGUGGCACACUCACACGGAAGGAGGCAGGGGAUAUGGCGGGCGGGAUGAGGGAAUUGCGCAAUGGCUACAGACAAGACAGGCAGGGGCAGGGCAGGGGCAGGGGAGGAAAGCCAUCGGCACGCAAUGGUGGAUACAAGUAUGCAAUGCAAUCUCACGCAUAUUACAUUACUUACGGCAAUAAUUAUAAUGCGCCGCUCCCGUGUUGCAGUGCGCAAACGGAAACAAUCUCCCAUACAAACAAACGCUAUUAUAUAAUUAGAUAGACACACACAAACUGGUAGGUAUGCAUCUCUCUCUCUCUCACACUCACUCACUCACACACACAGCACACACAUACUAGGCAACGGGUCAGCCAAUGCGGGUGCGGGUGGCACUGUCUCGCACACGUUGCAACGCCGCAAUCAACGCUGCCGUGCUCGAUAGGCAUACACACAUAGCCCCUCUCUCUCUCUCUCUCUCUGUUUCUCUCUCUUGAUGUGACACACACCGCACCGACAGAGUGGGGAAGUGAUAGAGGAAAACAGCCCCUCCAUACGCCCAACCCCCCCAUCCAUCCAUCCCACCCACCACGCAGGCAUCGCAUGUACCAGAUGAACGGAACCCGCCCGUGGACACAAAUGGACACGCACAUGGCCAGUCGGCCAUCCCUCCUUCCCUCCCUCCCUUCCUUCCCCGUCCGUCCGUCCGUCCGUCCGUCCAUUCAUCCAGGCAGGCAGGCAGGCAGGCUGACACAUAAAACCUAAAAGAGGCGAUGGCUAGCUAUGUAUCAUUGGGUGCGAUCCUGACUGACAUUAACUAGGCAACACGCACGUAUUUCACGCAGAGAGAGAAGUCCCUCCCUUCCUGCCUCUCUCCCUGCCUCCCUCCCUCCCUCCCUCCCUCCCUCCCUCUCUAAGGCUGCUCGAAUGCCUGUUUGUGGACGCUAUCGAAGAAAGGGUGCGUGAGCAGGCGACACGCGCUGUGCCGGCUGGCCGGCGGGUACCGGACCAUACUGCCAUCACACACACACACACAUGCAUGCACCAAUGCAUGAGUGAGGGCGAUGCCUGUGGGUCUGUUGGUGACUGCCUGACAUACUUGGCUAGCAUGUCUAUUCCUUCGUCUGGCAUAUUGUCCGUGGGGAUGGCCUUCCGCAGAGCGGUGAAGGGGUGAACCGAUCGCCACUUGGGGAACUCAUCCUUCACACGCACACACGCACACACAGACGUACAUGCGGCAGUCGGCUUCUGAUGUGUGUGGUGUUGCCGACCCACCCGCCACUCGGUGAGUGUGUUCUUCAUGCCGGGCCAUGUGUCCUCUGUGGGGCUGCCAAGCAGCUGACACGUCUUGAACAACGUAUCCACCUCGGAAUCACCAGGGAACAACGGACGACCUGAUACACACACACACACCAACCAUCGCCCCACCUCAGACCGACCAUGCCGUGUGUGCGUUGCGUUGCAUUGCGCUACCCACCGGUGGCCAUCUCGGCGAUGAUGCAUCCUGCGGCCCAGAUGUCGACCUCUGUGCCGUAGACCCGCUGGCCCAGCAGCAGCUCGGGCGGCCGGUACCACAGCGUGAUGACGUCCUGCGUCCCCGUGUACACCCCGAUGCAGUGCAUCCGGGCCAGGCCGAAGUCGGCUAUCUUGAGGUAGCCCCGCUGGUCGAUCAGGAUGUUCUGCGGCUUCAUGUCGCGGUGCACGAUCUGGUGCCCGUGCAGAUGGGCCAGCCCGUUGAUCAGCUGGUACGACAGCGACUUGAGCAGGUCGGCAGGCAGGCCAACCGGAACCGGGUGGUCCUUCUUGGUGCUGUUGCUGUUGCUGGUAGUGGGUGCCAUGGCGGCGGUGUCUGCCGAGGUUGUGCUGGCACUGUUGCCACCCUGGGUGGUUGCCGUGCGUCUGAUGAGGUGUCUGAGGUCGGUCUGGACGUACUCGAAGACCAUGUAGAGGUGUCGCUGCUUGCAGUGGAUAUCGUAGAGCUUGACCAGGUUGUGGUGGCUGAUCUCCCGCAGCAGCGCCACCUCCCUCAGCGAUGUGGACGGGAUCCCCUCCUCGUCCUCGUUGCCCCGGAUCAUCUUGACUGCCACCGUGUCGCCCGUCUUGCUGUCCAGCGCCAGAUAGACCGUCCCAUAAGUGCCCUCGCCGAGUGUGCUGCGGAUCUCGUAGCGGUCCAGCAGCAGCGGGGAGGGCGCAGCGGGGCUGUUCGAGGCCGACGAUGAGAGCGACGACAGGUCGCCGGUGGACGACGACGCGCACAUCAUCACGGCAGGGCGUGAUGCUGGCAGAUAGAAAGUCACGAACGAGAAAAAUGGCAAAACUCGGCAGCAGGUGCCGCUACAUGCUCGUCCUUCGUCGUGUUUGCCCUCCUUUCCC